AGAAGAAGAAGAAGAAGAAGACCCGGGCAACCCGGAACAAAAUCACCGCCGGACCAAUUAUCUAUCAGGUGUAUCUCAACUUUACCACGAAGGAGAGGGAAAUUAGAAGAAUUUAAUUUACUCAAUAAAUCUAACAUUCUCUGCUAGCACGCCAGAACAUCUGGGUAUGUGAGUGCAGUGGGUAAAUGGGAUGGAAGAUCAUACCUCAAAGGAUCCCCCUCUGCCCCUGUCCGCUCUGCGACUCCUCGUCCCACCAAUUCGACUCAUCUCAGCGGCCAUCUGGCAGACAGUCCAGCACAAAGUUGUGGCUGAUUAUGGGAUACUUGAGGAGUUUGUUUCCAUGAUUACAGACAUUGUCCCAGAGCUACUCAGCUCUCGUCAAAGGACCCAACUUCUGCUGGGCCUCAGAGCACAGCUCAUUCUGCAGUUGUGUCAGUUUGAAGCCACUGCUGACUUUGAGCUUGUUCAGCCACAUCUGGACAAAGUGCAAACGCUCAUCGACGCAUGGCCAAUGGAUGCGGGUGCUGCAAAUAUGGAAGUGCCACUCUCAACAUUUGUGGAUCUAAUUAAGAACUUGCUGAACAAUGCUGACGAAAGGGAACACUUCUUUCAGAAAGUUUUCCCUGAACAGUUUGGUCGCACAUAUGAUGACGCUCUUCACAGCCUGAUGUGGAUGUUUCUGUCCAGACUGGAACAGCUUCUUCCUCUUCAAACUUUCCAACAGGUUGCCUCCAUGUUUGGUGACGUGUCCUCAGUGUUGGGGGAAUGUAUGCACUCUGUGUCUCGAUGGGAGGGGCUCAAAACCCUGCUGCAGUAUCAAAAAGACCUCAGCCAACUGGAACACAAUGAUGGUUCCCUGGAUGGCACCUGCAUUAUUUCAGCUCUCAAACUUCCCUCUGUAGAAAGAAGUGAGACAGAUAAACCACAAGCCAACAUCUUGGAUGAUGUGCUGCCAUGUACAUCAGAUUUAACAGUGUCUCACUCAACACAGAGAGAAAUAAACACAACCAAAGAAGAUCAAACAAGUGAGAUAAAGGCCGAUGACACUAAUUGGACUCCAGGGGGAAAUGAAACAGAGGUGCUUUUGGGAGAUAUUACGAGAUGUGAAGAACAUAUAGGCCUUCUUCAAAGUCAAGAGGAGGAUGCUCCUCUCCCUCUAAAACCAUGCUGUGUCCAGCUGAAAAGAAUGGACACGUCGUCUUUGCGGUCUCGACCUGUGAGACGAAACCGAGGCCUGAAGAUGAAAAAGAUUCUGUUGGAAGAGAAGAAAAGUCUUUGUGAAGAGGAAUCAGCUUCUAGGAAAAGGAAACCCUCCAAAAGGGCUCUUUUACACGUCUCUGACAGUGAGGAGUCGAGCCACUUCAGCAAAGACCACUCCGCGUAUAUGGCUCCUAUCAAUAUUGGCAGUGAAGACGACUCAUGGUCUUACUACUCUGAUGAAGACUCUGGCCAUACGACUACUAGUAGUAGUCUUAGUGUAGCUGAUUCAUGGUCUAACUACUCAUGUGACGAGUCUUCCUCUGUGACUCCUGCCAUUAGUUCUACUGACGGGGAUUCGUUAUCUAGCUGCUCAAAUGAGGACCCUUCCUUCAUGGGUCCUAAAAAUGUAUCAGCUACCAGCAGAAAGCAGCGCGUCUCCAACCUCAAAUGCAGCAUUCCCAAAAAGAUUAGGAAAGUCCAGUGUUUUAUCUGCAAGGAGCACGUGAAUAAAAGCCUGAGCGCUCACAUGAAAACCCACUUUCCCACUGGUGAUUACGCCUGCCCUCGAUGCGACAGCAGGUUUAAACUCUUCUCAUCUUUUAAGCUGCACUUGAAUAGAACCUGCUUUGAGUACGGUCAGCAGCGGGUAGAUCCGCAGAAGCCGGACGAAGCCAAGAAUCUUUAUAAAUGUGACAAAUGCGAAGAGGCAUUCAGGUACAAAGUUUCCCUGGACGGGCACAAACUGACCCACAAUGAACUCUACUGCAGUGUGUGUAGGAAGGUGUUACGAGAUGCAGCAGCAUUGGCAAGGCACAAGGCUUCUCACACCCUGUUUCAGUGUAACCGCUGUGAGGAGAGCUUCACUCUUUUUAAGCCCUUGUCCAGGCAUUGCGAAAACAUCCAUAAAAUCAGCAGGCCGUUUAAAUGCAACUAUUGUCCAAAAGUUGUGUCCAAGCUGCGCAUUUUAAUCGCACACGAGUGGAAACAUACGGGUCAUCUACCGUUCCAGUGCGCCCAGUGUGGCUUGAGAUACAAAACAGACGGAGAUCUCACUUCCCAUCAAAGAGUCCACACAAGAGAGAAACCCUACCUGUGUGCAGAGUGCGGCAAGACUUUCUCCCAGAAGUCCAACCUGUUGCGGCACUUGAAUUUGAUCCACAGCAAGUCUCGAAAUGAGAAGAAGUAUUCUUGCCCUGAGUGUGAGAAGUCCUUUAAAGAGAAAGGAGCCCUGAAAAAACACCAGAGGACCAAACACUUGAAUGAGUUGUUCCGGCAUCCGUGCCCGUACUGUGGAAAGAUGGUCGCCUCGUCAACAUUCGCUAGACAUAAAUUAAUCCAUACGGGAGAGAGACCGUUCAAAUGCACUGUGCCUGAAUGUGACAAGUGCUUCAGGUCAACUCCUGAAGUGAAGAGGCAUGUCCUUAUAAACCACACUUCAGAGAGACCAUAUAAAUGUGAUAUCUGUGGAAAGAGCUUUAUAAAAAUGUGUUUUCUCAAUGCACAUGCUAAAACACACUCGGGAGAGAAGCCAUUUGUUUGCCAUAUCUGCGGCAAGGCUUUCCCCAAGCUCUACAGCAUGCAAAGACACAAAAGACUUUUGCAUGCAUUCAUAACAUAUUAACCCAGCAUGGUAGGAAGGCUCAGUUAAAGGUACAAUGUGUAAGAUAUGGCCAUAAAGGGGAACAUUUCUUUGAAAGGUCAGCAGCAACCGAAGUAAAAGUUGAAAUAAUUGUAGCUUUGAGCGCAGUGUUGGGCGGCACCGCUCUCUCCAUAGGAAACAACGGCAAAGCCAGCGCAGAGCAGUUUCACCUCUGAUCCUAUGAAGGCAGCUCUCGGCAUUAAAGUAUUUUUAUGUGGUGAUCUGUGUUAAAGAAAAUCCUAAAUGCGGCCACAAUGUUGUAAAUAAAAUAUGAACUAGA